AUGCCUCCCAAGGCAGCUCGUCAGGCCGCACCUGGGCCUUCUGCAAAACCUGAAGCUGAAUCGGGGCCCAGCGGCAACACGGCAUCAACGCCGUCAAAUUCCGCCGUCCAGAAUGCGUCUGCAGCCGGCUCGUCUGCCUCCUCUCGACCUCCGGUCCAACGCCUUCAAUCGCUGAAUAAACGUACACCCGGGGGAAGCAUUGGUCCCCGGCCGUCUGUCGCUCGCGAUGAUCUCGGUCAGACGAAACCGACGCUGAAGUAUCAGCCUCGCGCCGUUGGCCGCCGCAGCAAGGAAGAACGAGAAGCGAUGGAGAAGCUGGAGGCGGAGAGGCAUAAGGAGAGGCUUGCAGAGGCAGCAGCGAUACAGAGAGCACGAAUUGGUACUGGUCCUGGGGCCAGAGGCGGCUUCAGGGGGCGAGGCGGGGGUUUCGGUGCGAGUGCGAGCGGGCCAUUGGGAUCAGGAACAGCUGGUCCUGGUAUGGCAAAACGGGGCCGGGGUGGUGCAUUUGGCGGUCGAUUUGGAGGCGAUUCAAGAGCUUCGUCGGUGUCAAGGCACAGCAUUGCUCGAUCUAUUACAGCAGCAACCAGUCGUUCGGGAGAUGUUUCGUCUGACGAAAGCGAUUCGGGGCUUCGAGUCAGCAUUGACCAGAUCAACCUCGAGGACGACGAUGAUUUUGAUGAGCUGCCGGAUGACAAGGAGAAGGGCAAAAAGCCGAUCCCAGA